AUGUCAACAAAAGAGAAGAAUAACAAAGCUCAUGAUGAAUCUGUGAAUCAACUUUCUCAAACACCUUCAUUCUUAUCAAAAAUUGAUGAAGAAAAUCCAAUAAAAAAAGAACGUUUAUUUACAGUUGAUGAACUUCAAUCAUAUACUAAAGAUGAAUUGUAUUUAGCUAUUUUAGGACAUGUGUUCAAUGUAACAUCAGCACCGAAAUUUUAUUCAUCGACGGGAAGUUACAAAUUUUUUACAGGUCGUGAUGCUUCUCGAGGUUUUCAUACAGGUGGUACAUCAGCAGAAGAUCUUACUGAUGAUUUAACUGGAUUAACUGAUGAAGAUAUUGCUGGUGUAUAUGGUUGGUUAACAUUCUAUCAAAAACAAUAUCCACAAAUUGGAAAAUUAAUUGGUCGAUAUUUUGAUACAAAUGGAACACCCACAAAACAUUUUAGUAAUGUGCUCAUAUCAGUUAAUAAUAUGAAAAAAAAAAAUGAAGAAAAAGCACGUUUUGAACAACAAUGGCCACCAUGUAAUAGUGAAUGGUCACAUGAUGCGGGUAAACGAGUAUGGUGUACAGAAAAAAGUGGUGGGAUAGAAAGAACAUGGAUUGGUGUACCUCGACGAUAUUUUGAUAGUUCGACAAAAACUGAAAGAUGUGUUUGCGUACAAAAUAGCGAUGAACAAAAUGGUCGAUUUAAACAAUAUAAAGAUUGUUUGCCAACAAGUACUGAAUGUAAAAUAUUGGAAUAG